GCAGUCGGCACUAUUUCCAGUUCCGUUGUGUCAAGCCGCCAUAUUUGACCCACAAAUAAUGAAAACAAUGAUAUUUGCUUAGCUUGAAAGUUUCGAAAGUGUAUCAAACACACAUUCUGGUUUGUAAACAUAAGAGUUUAUCUUGAGCCACUGAGUACCUAAGCAGAUGUCGCUAGUGGAUCUGGGGAAGCGCCUGUUGGAGGCUGCACGGGCAGGGCAGGACGACGAUGUCAGGUCUCUAAUGGCUAAUGGGGCCCCGUUCACCACGGACUGGCUGGGUACAUCCCCUCUUCAUUUAGCUGCUCAGUAUGGACACCAUUCUACUGCAGAGGUGCUUCUCAGAGCAGGUGUCAGCAGGGACGCCCGGACCAAAGUGGAUAGAACACCUCUUCACAUGGCGGCAACAGAGGGCCAUUCAAGUAUAGUGGAGCUGCUAGUAAGGAGUGGGGCGGACAUAAACGCUAAGGACAUGCUUAAGAUGACAGCACUUCACUGGGCAGCCCAGCAUCGUCACAGGGAGGUGGCUGAGCUGCUGCUCAAAUACGGCGCUGACGUUCACUCUCUCAGCAAGUUUGACAAGACCCCCUUCGACAUUGCAAUGGACACCAGCAACACAGAGCUUAUGAUACUGCUACAGGAUGGUAUGCAGAACCAGGUUAACAUGAAUCCAGAGCCUCAGUACAUCAUCCCUGCAAGUGGUGUACUAAACCUCUCAGACCUAGUGACCACACCUAAGAGCACUCCAGGAGAACCUGGCUCAACCACCUCAGUUCUGGCUACCCUUGCAGCCCUGGCAGAGGCCUCUGGACCCAUGGGGAAGUCCAAUGGUGCUGGCAAAUCGGAGGAUGCAAUAGCGGCAGAUUCCGUGGACUCAGCCAUACAGCAUAUGGUGGGCGAUGGGGGUCAAAGGGUCAUCACCAUAGUAACAGAUCAACAUGGUAACCUGCAACCAGCUGGGCUUGGAAAGCAGUUCUUUGUUACCAUGCAGGGCCAGCAAAUGGUGGCAGUUCCAGCUGGUCAUAUCACAGAGGAAGUAGUGGAGGAAGAACUUCAGAUACCCACUCCCUCACGGAAGAGGAGGACAGAACCAUCCGCCAAUCACAGCCCCAAGAAGGGGAAAGAUAGUCGUGAGCAACUCCAAAAGCAGCUGCAAGAGGCUAACAGGAAGGCCCAGGAGUACCGUCAGCAACUCCUGCAGAAGGAGCAGGAGGCUGAGCAGUACCGCCUCAGACUGGAGCAGGCUAUGGCCAGCGGGCAAGCCAACAAGCUUACUGCUGUCUCUAGAUCACAAGUUAAGGAGGAGGUUGUUCAGGAGGAACAACUUGAGGUGGAAGAGACUGGUGGAUUGGUAAUGGGAGUUGGAGAGGUGGUGGGAAUUGGAGAGGUUGUGGGAGGUGGAGAGGAGGACAGAGUUGAAGGAGAUGAGGAUAAGAUAGAGGGAGAGAAAGAAGUAGGGGAGGACAUUGUAGAAGGAGAGGAGGAUGCUGUCAUUCUCCCAGAAGACACCAUUCUGGUAAAAGUGGGGGAGUUGGAGGAGGGGGAGCAGGUGGCUCUUGAAGAAAUGGAGGAAAGGGAGAAGGUCAAAAGCAAGGUCACCACCCCAAAGAGAGGCAGAGGUCGAGGGAGAGGUAGACGUAGGAGGUUUUAGUCAUGUUGUUUUUCUGCUUGUUUGUUGUUACAAUAUGUUAUAGUCUAUGUUUUUAUAUUAAUACAACCUGUCAUAAUUGUCAUGUGGUAUUUGUAAAUAUAUUGCUAAAUCUUUUUAUACAAGCCAUUGCAGUUAGCACUAGUUAAAGCCCAUACUGAUAUUCUUGGAGGGUGCUGCUGUCUAGGCACACACAAGUCUUAGUCUAUUAGUCCCUAAUAAUCAGUAGCAGUAUUUGACUGCAUGAAAAGUUGUUGAAUAGCUAACGCUGUACAUAUUGAGAGUUUGAUGUGAUAGAACCUUGAAGCAAGGUUUUUCAAAAGCAUUUUUAUAGAUUACACUGCAAUUAACAUUUUUUACAUCCAUGAAAGAAAUCUUGUCAUGUAAAUACAAUUUAAAAGAAUGAUGUAUGUUACAUAUACAGUACCAUGUAGCUUUACCUAUGUUUUUACUUCUUUAGCAGAUUCGUAAUGCCUAGAAAGUCAUACCUAAAAUGUUUAGAUGGAACUAGCAUUUGUUACAUCAGUAAUGGGUCUGUCUCCUCUUUGCCAACCUUUGUUCUCUUUUGGGACAGCUAAUUUGAAAAUAUGCACCCUCAGUGCUGUUGUUUCUGCCUUU